AUGACCACAAACGGAUAUACCACCCUAUCAGAAACAAUAACAACCUACUUCACCUCCAUCGACGCCGGCGACCUCCCGACCACCAUGUCGCUCUUCUCCCCCACCGCAACCUUCACCGUGGUCACGGCAGGCAACGUAACCUUCACAGGCCGGGAUGCUAUCCAGGCCAUGCUGGACGACUUCAUCACUCAGUCUACCUCAAUGGAGCACCGAGUGGUGAGCAUGAUUGUUGAUGAGAAGGCGGGGAAAGUCGCGACGCAGCAGCGGUACAUUGGAGUGCCAGAGGAUGGGAUACAGAGGGAUAUGCUGAAUUGUAAUUUCUUUGAUGUGGAUGAGCAGGGGAGGAUUCAGAAGGUCAUGGUUUGGAUGAGCGGGGGGAGUCCGUUGGGGUAG